CGACUCGCCGUACAUUUGGCGGGCAUUGUUAAAACGUAAACAGAGCAGUCUGAGAAAUGGAGGAAAGUGAAGCAGCUGCAAAAACCGAGACCGUAGAUAGCAAGGAUGUUAAAGACUCCUCUGAAACGUUGACCAAUGAUGCUACAGGAGAAGUUUCCUCAAAGUCAGGAUCAGUUUGUAAGACGUCCGAGGAGACGGAAGCGAAGUAUAUGCGGUUGAAGUUGUUCGACAAAGUGAUGCAGAAGAGCCUUGAGAGGUUCAUCCAACAUGCCAGUUUUAACAGAUUCGCCAGCACAUUUCGUCCGCUGUACAAGAAGAACCCUCAGAGGAUGGAGAGCAUCCACAAACAGUUCAUAGAGGAGUUGCAAGGGGCUAUAAAGGAUGACAUCAACAGGUUGAUUGAAGAAGGCCAGUUAGAAUUCAAACUGAAUGAACUGGACAAACUGGAGAAGACUACAAAAAACAAUCCAAAUCCUGUAUGGCGGCCAAGUGGCAUUCCUGAGCAGGACUUCUGCAGCUUUUUGAUGCCGUACUAUCAAAAACAGGAAGCCUACCUGCGACUGGAGCUGAAAAAGAUUCAGGCAGAGAACGCAGCUCUUGCGCAGAGGGUCCAGACAGGUAGAGAGAGCAUUACUCAGACUGAACAUCACAUCUCGACUGCUGUUGAAGAGUGGAAGGCAUCGGUCACAGAAUUUGAAAGGAUGGCAUCUUCUCUCUGCCCUGCUGAUGUCUUUGAUUAACUUAAUAACUACCUUUUAAUGUAAAUAUUCAUUUUGUAUACUGUCUGUUUUUCUGACCCUAAAAAUGAAAAAGUUGGAAUAAAUAAAAAA